AUGAGCCAAAAUAAAAGGAAUGAUUCUUCGGUCUGUUCAUUAGAAAAUGACUUUGAUCAACUGCUAGCUUUUGGCAAAGAGGAGGUAAUUGAACAAACCACCAUUACCUUGUCCAAUGCCAAUUACCAUAGUUUCGAGUUUGGGAACUUUUCACCAAUGGGUGAAUAUCGUCCGCUCUCAGAUAAUACUUACCUGAAUGCUGUUUGCGAGUGGCCUGAAAAAGAACCUGAAACAAUUUUGAAAAAGAACCCUAAACUGCAGAGCGUGCCUAAUGGAGUCGAGUCUGUGGAAACACUGUUUACAAAAGCAACACGAAUGAAAGAUUUGUUGCUCAUGUUCGAAUGCAUUAGGAAUGAUCCCAGCACCAUUGACCAGCCAAAUUCUAUCGGAUUUACAGCACUUCACUAUGCAGCUAAGGACGGUUUUAUGGAAGGAGUUAAUUUUCUCCUUGAAAAGCGUUGCCUCCUCGAUCAGCAGAAUCGUCUCGGCUGGACGCCCCUCAUGCUAUCUAUAUAUAAUAAGCACUAUGACAUUGCAAACCAAUUGCUGGAUGCUGGCGCGUCACCAUACCUCCUUAGUCACGAGUUUGAAAGCGCUAUAACAAUUGCCACCUCGCAGAGCGAAUAUCAACUCCUUAAUCGCAUUGUCAAUGCACCAAGUCAUUGCAAGGAAUCGCGAGACCAGGUUCUCAGUUUUGCUCUCAUUUACGCUGCCAUCAAGCAAAAUAUACCUCUCGCCAAUGCCAUCUUAACGAGCGGUGCUGAUUUGUGCUUUUGUUUGCCCAAUCAAAUGCCGCCCAUGAAUAUAGCGGCUGGCAAUGGAUUCGAUAUUUUGGUGUCAAGGUUGAUCACAGCUGGAGCACCUCUGGAGAGUCGAGAUGAAUUUGGUCUUACACCACUCAUGCAAGCCGCUUCUUCUGGUCAUCUCUUCAUUUGCCAGAUCCUGGCCAUCCACGGAGCGAAUUUGUUCGCAGUUUGCCAAAAUGGAACAGCAAAAGACGUGGCUCUUGCAAUGGGCCAUAAAAGAGUUGCAGAAUAUUUACAAAAUUUGAUGGAAAAGGUGGGAAAAUCAGAGUGA